AUGGGGCAAGAUAGUAACACCAACCCAGAAAUCGCAGAGGCUGAUACUAACGAACGACAGCAAGAUAGUAACACCAACCCUGAAAUCAAAGAGGUAGAUACUAACGAAACUGAAGUCACCGACGAACCAGUUAUCGAACAGGAGCAUAAUCAAGUGAUUGAAGAUACUAACGAAACUGGUAAUAUAAUACCAGAUGUGUCUGUUUUGCAGGAAAAUGAACAAGGAAAUGAUGAUAUCUCAAACCUUGAAGAGGAAUAUGAUGAUAUUGAAACAGGAAGUAAAACACAGGAAUUAUUCCUCCAUACAAAUUCGCUAAGUCUCUACACAGGGAGCAUAUUUGAGACAUUAAGGCUAGCCAAACCUUUAAUAGUGGUAGUCAAUGAAGACCUAAUGGACAACCAUCAAAGUGAGUUAGCACAAGAACUUGCACAAAGGAACCUUUUGUUUUGUGCCAUUCAAUCUCUGGAAUCGGAAUCCAUCAUUCCAUACCACCCAGGUGAUGUCAUUCCGGUUGCUAAACUCAUCAGCCGGUAUCUGGGUUUUCCUUCAGAUUGA